AUGGUUAAGCGCAAGACCUACGCUCCCGUUCCGGGCCAGCAUAUCUCGGGACAAGCCAACAAACCUCUAUCUCAACCUCCUCACAGUUUGACGAGCCAACAAGUCCUCGAUGAGUUAUGUAGUAAUCCGGACACUGGACUCAGACCUGAGGAGGUCCCUCGGCGCUUGGAAGAAAUGGGUCCCAAUGAGUUGGAGCAGAAGGCUGGCGUUCAGCCAGUCAAGAUUUUUCUCGAGCAGAUAUUCAACGCAAUGACUUUGGUUUUGUUGAUGGCACUAGCCGCCAGCUUUGGCAUCCAGGCCUGGAUUCCUGGUGGUAUCCUAGCUGGUAUAAUCAUACUCAACAUCUUCAUCGGCUUCUUCCAGAGUCUUCAGGCUGAAAAGACAAUCGACUCUCUUCGCACAUUGGGCACGCCCACAUGUAACGUCUUUCGUGGCAGUAAAACCAUGACCAUUCAGACCGCUGAGAUUGUUCCCGGAGAUAUCAUUGACUUGGCCACUGGCGACUCCGUUCCUGCUGACAUCCGACUUAUUAAAGCCGUCAAUCUCGAAGCUGACGAAGCGCUGCUCACGGGUGAAUCGGUACCUAUACUAAAGAUUCCAAAGUUGACGUUCGACGCCAAAACUGGUCCCGGUGACCGUCUUAAUGUGGUAUUCAGCUCGUCCACCAUUACGAAGGGCCGCGGCCGCGGUGUUGUUUUCGCCACAGGCAUGUUUACAGAGAUCGGUCUCAUUGCCGGCGCGCUCAACAGUAGCGGCAACGAGGUCAAAGAGUACCAAACUCGAGACAAAAAAGCCCUGAUUCAUGUUAUCUGGGAUCCCGUUGGUAGUUGGCUCGGAGAGUUCCUGGGCCUCACUGUCGGCACGCCCUUGCAGAAGAAGCUCUCGCAGCUCUUUCUGUCGCUAUUCUGCUUUGCUAUUGUCUGCGCCAUCAUCGUAAUGGGAGCCAACGAAUUUAAUCCCAGCAAGGACGUCAUUAUUUAUGCUAUCACUACAGCAAUAGGUACUAUCCCGGUAUCUUUGCUGCUAGUGCUAACCCUGACUAUGGCGGCUGGCACGAAGAAGAUGCUCGAACGACACGUCAUUGUUCGAAAUCUCUCUAGUCUCGAGGCUUUAGGAGGCGUUACUAACAUUUGCUCUGAUAAGACGGGAACUAUCACCCAGGGGCGAAUGGUUACGCGAAAGGCGUGGAUCCCAGGUUAUGGCACAUAUUCAGUCGAAACGACAAGCGACGUGUACAACCCCACGGCCGGUCAAGUCUUUUUUCAUGCCUCUCAGCCCAUAGAUCUUGCGGGGCCCAAUGCUGGGGAGAAGCAAGGGACCUUGAUCAAUCCUUUGGAAGAGGUGGCCUCCAAAUUCAGCCUGCAGCGGUAUCUUGAUAUCGCAUCCUUAGCCAACCUUGCCUCUGUCGAACAGAGUGACAGCAGCUCUGCAGACUCUGGCGAAUGGAGGGCAAAAGGCGCUCCUACUGAUAUCGCCAUCGAAGUGUUUGCUGGACGGUUCGGUCUGAAUCGCUUAGACCUGUCGCAAGGUGAAAAAGCUCAGUGGAAGCAUGUGGCCGAAUACCCAUUUGACUCUGACGUGAAGAAGAUGACUGUCAUCUUCCAUCAUAUUGAGUCCAACGAGACUCACAUUUUUACAAAGGGCGCCGUCGAGCGAGUCCUUGAAUCCUGCAAAUUUGUCACCUGCGGCAAUGAAACCCAUCCGUCAACUUCCAAGACUAGUCGGGAUAUCCACAUCAAUAUGGAGACUCUCGCCAGUCAAGGCCUUCGCGUCCUGGCCCUGGCCCAUAAAGUGAACAGUAGUAUCGUCCAGGAAUCUGAAUUUGCAGGCGAUGUUGUCCCGGAUCGCCAGAAAUUUGAACAGGACCUUGUCUUUUAUGGCCUCAUUGGCAUCUACGAUCCUCCUCGCCCAGAAUCUUUUCCCAGCGUUCGUGCAUGCCAUGACGCUGGAAUCGUUGUCCAUAUGCUUACAGGCGAUCAUCCACAGACAGCUCAAGCCAUUGCCGUUGACGUGGGCAUUCUGCCUUCCCCAGAGGAAUUACAAUCGCUUUCAGCCGAUGUUUCCAGAACCAUGAUGAUGACUGCGCACGAAUUUGAUGCUCUCACGGACGAGCAGAUCGACGGUCUAACCCAGCUUCCUCUGGUUGUGGCUCGUUGCGCACCAAGCACCAAGGUCCGAAUGAUUGACGCACUUCACAGGCGUGGACGUUAUGUCGCCAUGACUGGUGAUGGAGUCAACGACAGCCCUAGUUUGAAGAGAGCCGACAUAGGAAUCGCAAUGGGAACGGGCUCGGAUGUCGCCAAAGAGUCUUCCGAUAUUAUUCUCACCGACGAUAAUUUUGCUUCAAUUCUGAGCGCUAUCGAAGAGGGUCGCCGCAUAUUUGACAACAUCCAAAAAUUCAUUCAGCACGUAUUGGCCGCUAACAUUGGUUUCGUGGUAACGUUGCUUGCUGGACUUGCAUUCAAGGAUGAGAACGGAGUAUCUGUAUAUCAGCUCACACCUGUUGAGAUUAUUUGGAUGCUUAUGGGCACCGGUGCCUUCUGUGAAACUGGUCUUGGGUUCGAAAAAGCGGUAGCAGAUAUUCUUGACCGACCCCCCCAAAAUCUCAAAUAUGGCGUAUUCACACCCGAGUUCCUCGUCGACAUGGUUGUCUACGGCAUCAUCAUGGCUGCCUGCGUGCUUAGCUCGUUCACCGUCGUCAUUUUCGCUUUCAAUGACGGUAACCUUGGUUCGAACUGUAACAACGAUUACUCUGAAGCCUGUGAUGCCGUGUUCCGCGCCCGUGCUACAUGCUUCACAACGAUGACUUGGAUCUUUCUCCUGUUUGCGUGGGGUCUGAUUGACUUUCGUCGCUCACUCUUUUAUAUGCCCAAAGGCUUCAAGGCGUGGGCUAGCCAUCUUUGGGGUAACCAGUUUCUAUUCUGGGCUGUCUUUGGUGUCUUCUUCACAGUAUUCCCUGUUUUAUAUAUACCCAAGCUUAACCACAUUGUAUUCCAGCAUACAGGUAUUGACUGGGAAUGGGCAGUGGUGUUUAUCGAUGUUGGCGUCUUUAUGUCCUUGUCAGAGGCUUGGAAGUGGGCUAAAAGGAUUUACUUCCGACGACACUCAGGAGGUUGGCGUAAAGGGCCGACAGCCGAAGUAUAG